AUCGCAUUAUCGCGCAAUGGCAUCAUCGUCAUCGCACCAUCGCUUCAUCGUUAUCGCAUUAGUACGUCAUUAACCUCUUAGUCGAUGCUUUAUUGUGCGAUCGUUAACUGCAUGGACCUAUCCGGAUUCCACAGAGUGAUAUGGACCAUUGGCCUCGUGUACCUCAUUAUGAGAAGGGAUUGCACACAAUAAUUCCUAUUCUUUCUUAAAAUCUAUCAAUUUCUUUGACAUCAAAUAUAUUUAAACCGCAACUAUAUAGUCAAUUGAUUCCCUACUAUAGCCUUUCCGUUGGACUUUGAAUUAACAGGUUAAAAAAUGUUUAACGAAAGUCGAGGCUUCUUUGAAAGACUACUAUCGGAAACACAAUUCUUGGCACCGAUACUUUUUUUUACAUUAACAGCUGCGACGUCGAAAACAACGGAGACCCAAUAUUGUGUCUCAAAGAGAUUCAAUAAAUGCUUGGUUGUUUUUGAUACACCGGGUCUCUUCGAUACAAGCACUACAAUUAAUGAAACAUUUGCUGAAAUCGAAAAGUUCCCAGAUAUGAUAGACUUUAGUUCUGCAGCCAUUCAUGUUUUAUUGUUAGUUGUAAAAAUUGGGAGAUACACUGAUGAAGAACAAAAGAGUGUUCAGCUUCUAUUGGACUACUUUGGUCAACAAGUUGAGCGGUGUAUGAUUGUGGUAUUCACUGGUAAAGAUAAAUUGGAUGAUGAAAAUAUGACCAUAGAAGAAUACAUUAAUACUAUGGAUGACAACUCCUAUAUCAAAAUGCUCAUAAAUCACAUAGAUAGAAGAUUUAUUGAUAUCGAUGGAAAUAUGACGGACCGUGAUAAGGAAGUCAAGAGUAUUUUGAGAAUGAUUGAACAGAUUGGCAAAAACGAUUUCCGUACUUGCUAUAAAAAAGGGGAUUUCAAAACUGUAAAAGAUUAUACAUAGUCUUGAUGCUUUCGAGAUUAUUUGUCAAGUUUUCUUCUAAUUUUGUAGUGUAACAUAUUCAUUGCUUUUUCGUAUAUUGCAUUGUGUUGUAUAUUGAACAUGUUGAAGAUAAGCAUAAAAGUACAAUGAAAAGAAUUUUAAUGAUUAGUGCAAAAUAUAUCAAAUUGAUUGUCGACUUAAUGGAUUGA